AACAGGGCUGCUAGUCGGGCAGGGAGCAGCCCAGCAAGGCUACCUCAGGCUCCUGCUGCUCCCCCUUCAGUAUAGUAGCCCUUACUAUGGAGGCAGGAGGAAUAUAGGCACUGAGGGAAGAUGUUGGGUGGACGCUCCCCACAAACCAAGAUUAACAUUGAGGAGGAAACUGAGAGUCUACUGGAAAAGGCCUUUGAGAAGGAAAGAGAAAGAGGAACACCUUUGGGACGGAGAGAUACAUGGUGGAGUCUCUCACUUAGACCAACACCUACGCCAGGUACUUAUGUAGUACGGGAUUUUAUUGAAGAAGCCCAGCUCAACCCAGUGAAAGCGACAUAUAAUUUUAAAGGAGAAGGCAGAAAGAGAUUUUCCAUCUUCCAACCAACAGCUGAUCUUACGCUACCAGAUGUUUAUACAUACACGCCUCCUAGCUUUGUAGAUUUGGCAGGAAAAAAGCCAGCUACAUACUCAUUUAAAAGCACACCAAGGAAAAGUCCCAGCGCCUUAUGUUUUAAAGAUAAGGAUAUUGACACUGCACCGGGGCAGUAUGAUCUUUUCCCUCUUCCAGUGCCUACAUUUGCAUCCAAGCAGUUUAUGUUUCGUUCUGCAGUUCAAAGAUUCCCAACAACUUACUUCACUCCUAAAGAAGGGCCAGGGCCAGGUGAAUAUGAAAUGAAGGAAAAACCACCUCAUCCUGUAUCUUCAUGUUUCCAGUCCAAAGUGCCUAGGUUGCAGCCAGUCCGUUCAAAAAUACCAGGUCCAGGAGCUUAUGAGCCCACAAGGCAGUUUCCAAAGCAACCACGAACUAUUGCGAGCUUGGGUCACGAGCACAGCAUCUUCUUUAGCAACACAUUUGGGUUUUAGAAUAAAAGAAAGCCACAUCCUCUCCCUCCGUCCUUAGAAACCCAUUCUUCACCCCUCUGUAUUUGCCUAUGAUGCUCUUACCAUUAGAAACUCAGCAUUUGCCAACAGUUAACAAACUGGGACCUGAGCUAGAGCAGGAAAUAAAUGUGCUAAAU